AUGAGCACAGAUGUAUCAUCUCUCGGUCCCAUCGAUCCCGUGUCCAUACAAAAUGCUGAAGAAGAGAAAGCUGCACCAUGGAUAGUUCGGAAGCUUGUUGGGUCAAUGACCGGGAGGAUCGUGAUAUCGUCCUAUGAGUCGUUGCGCGCAGCCGGAACUAGCGUGAUAUGUCUUUCCCCGUGGGGCGAUUCUUCGCCGUUUCUCUUACCAUGCAUCCGUUUUCGGGAUCUCGCUGUCCAUACCGUGAUUGUUGCUACUGGUGGAGUGGCUGCUGUAGCCUCCCCCGUCAUGGGAACUGUGACAGACGCUGUCAUUUCCACCGUAGGGGACUCAAUCCUUGUGGAAAUCGGCAUGCAUGCUGGGUUUGACAUCGGACUUAAACUUGCAAAUGACCUGGUCAUUGGCGAGCCGAUAAAGUCUAUGAUACCUAUCCACUCGAAAAAACUUGAGACGACGAGCGUCAAGACCAUACUGAUCACGCUCAAAUUCAAGCAUACUUUCGAGGAUGCUUCUCUGGGUUUUUACAGAAGUAGCGUGCACAAGGAUAAUUCGCUCUUUGCGACUGUGAAGGAUUAUUUGGCGGUUGAGAAGGGAUGGUUCUCUCCAUACCUGUUUGCGAGUGGCCGAAGGCCGAUCAUCCCUCGCUCGAUGAAGCCUGAUAUUGUCUUCUGUCAUGGACCGUUUUUACCAGGUAGUGACUACAAGAUUGGCGAAACUCUGCUUGCUGAGUCGGCCUCCGCGUUCAUCUUCGCCGCUCCUCCUCCCACGUCGCCACCCGCUCCCGAGGAGCCUCACGGACUGAACCGUCUCUACAACUUGAGCCUUCCUUCGCUCUCCAAUGUCUUCGCUCGCUCUCGUACUCCCUCUCCGGAGCCGCAACUCAUUGCGCUCCCGCUGCCUCCCACACCUCGACGCUUAGUCCUUGUCAUUGUCGGUUUGAAGCCUCACCGACACCUAUGGACGACGAGUGCACGGCCCGGCGAGAGUGUGAUUUACUACCAGUUGUUGAAUGGAUGCCCUGCACUCGUGGUCCCCGUCAAGGUGGGCGCGCCCCUUAUUGCGUGGGACGGGCUCACACUUGAGCACUUGUGGAAAGUAAAGUUGCCAGAGGGCGAUGAGGUGGGAGAACCGGGUAGUAAGUUUGAAGGUAUCGUGAGUGUGUUGUACGAGUUUUUGGACAUGUGUGUCGAUUGGGCGAGGGUUAUUCUUGAACCUGCAGGGACAGAGGAGGAAAAGGGAACUAUGAACGAGAAAGCGCCGGAGGAUGAGAAGAAAGAUGCGGUCAAAGCGGCGCUCAGAUUAUUCGUUGCCGGCGCAAUCAGGAGCGGAGAGAGUAAGGCAGUCAAGGAUGAAGUGGAGAAGGAACGAUCUGGAAUCGCAAUGUGGCGGAUUCCUUGA